AUGAGUCAUUUCGUCCUUGUGACUUAUCGUAAUGCCUUUGCCGCGGCCGCUAUUGCACCUUUCACCCUUCUCUCCGAGAGGCCUGUGAUCGAUCAGAACUUAUAUUAUGCUGGUCUUAAACUCACUUCACCGACGUUUGCUGGCGCCGUCACGAACAUCGUGCCCGCUUUGACCUUUAUCAUUUCCAUAAUUUGCAGGAUGGAGAAGGUGGAGAUGAGAAAAGUAAGAUUCCAAGCAAAAGUGGUGGGGACAUUAGUGAUAGUAGUUGGAGCCAUGUUGAUGACACUAUUCGAAAGCCCUUUAAUCAACUUUCUCCGGUCUCACCUCAUAGGUGAUGCUUCGUCGCCGGCCGUUGAGGACUACCUCAAGGCCACCGUCUUCCUCCUCAUCGCCUCAUUUUCUUGGGCUUACUUCUUUGUUCUUCAGGCGGCUACGUUGAAGAGGUACUCAUCUCACCUUACAUUAUCUACAAUGGGUAUAAUGUCGUCGGGGAUAGCGUAUUAUGUUCAAGGGGUGACGACGAAGAAAAAAAGCGCUGUUUUUGUCACUGCUUUUAACCCUCUUAUUGUAAUAAUCGGAUCCAUCAUUGGCUUACUUAUACUCGGCCAAAGAUUAUACCCUGGCAGGGUUCUUGCAAUGGCGAUAUUAAUGGUGGGAGUGUGUGUGAUUCUGUGGGGAAAGGAAGGGGAUGAAGAAGAGAACAGUGAGGAUACAUUUGUAGAAUUUAUUAAAGGUUGUAUAGGCUGUAGAAACAAUAUGCCAAGAAUUGAUGAGGAGGUAGAUGUUGAAAUGGGGAAAGCUAAAAUGGUGGUGGAUUUGUUGUAG